AUGCUAAUUGGUUCUUAUGUUGCUGGAAGUAUUCCUCUUAAUGUUAGCAUGUCAGAGGAAAAGUUACAAAAAGUGACAGUUUUUGGAGCAGGUUUAUUAGUAGGGACAGCACUUGCUGUUAUUAUACCUGAAGGAGUUCGAGCACUGUUUUCAGAAAGAGUGCCUCUUGUCACAAAAGAUUACACACCACAGCCUUCAGAACAUAGUGAUUUGCAUUCUGUUAUUGGCAUAUCAUUAGUUCUAGGCUUUGUUUUCAUGCUGUUGGUAGACCAGCUAUCCUCAAGAUACAAUGAUGCCACCAACCCAACACAGAAAAACAUUACGGCAACCGUUGGCUUAGUGGUCCAUGCAGCUGCUGACGGCAUAGCCCUCGGCGCGGCGGCCACGACAUCUCACGCCGACGUGGAACUUAUAGUCUUCUUAGCUAUCAUGUUGCACAAGGCGCCUGCUGCAUUUGGACUGGUCACAUUUCUUAUGCACGCUGGCCUUGAAAGAAACCGAAUCCGUAAGCAUCUGCUAAUCUUCUCCUGCGCUGCACCUUUACUUGCUCUGCUCACAUAUUUCGGUAUUGGCAACGAGAGUAAGCAGACGCUCAGUGACUUUAAUGCCACAGGUAUUGCAAUGUUAUUUUCAGCGGGUACGUUCUUAUACGUGGCAACAGUUCACGUGUUACCCGAACUCACCCAUACACACUCACACACGCACACUCUCCUACCGCUACAAGAGGGCAUUGCCCCCAAAAAGGGCUAUGGAGGUCUGCAAUUAUGUGAAGUGCUCAUACUAGCAAUUGGGGCCAUGCUUCCAGUUGUAUUGACAAUGGGACACGAACAUUAA